AGCCCCUGCCCGAUCCCCAAACCAAACCCACCCACCGCAUCCUCCUCCACCUCCGAAACAAGUACCAAGCCAUGGAGCACGGCGAUGCUGCCACCGGCAGCGGCAGCGGCAGCCGCAGCCGCAGCGGUGCCGGAACGAGCAUCCAGGUCACGGCUCUGGACGGCAUCGUGAACGUGAACUCUCUCUUCACCCUCGCCGCGUUCCUCGGCUUGGCGUGGCGCCCCUCCUCCGACGGGCCCGGCCUCGCCGACGGCGCCGACCACCUGGGCGCCUGCGCCGCAGGGGACCGCAUCGAGUCUGACCUUGUCUCCUUUCACGUCCUCGCCUUCGCCUGUUUCCUCUUCUCCAGCCUCGUCGCGCUCUGCCUCAAGCAGAUCGUCCGCACCUUCCCCCACUACCGCCGUGCCUCCUCCGCCGCCGCCGGAGCCGCCGUCAGCUGGACGGUGAAGAUCAACCGGGCAGCGCUCCGGGUCGGGAUCUUGGCGUCCGCGGUGGGCUCCGUGUGCGGGUGCGGGUUCCUGACGAUGGCCCUCGUCAACGUGGUGCAGGUGAAGCUCGGCCGGCUCGGAUGCGGCGCCGGCGGCUCCGCGGCAUGGGGCGCCGUCAUCCCGCUCGUCACGCUCGUGCCGACCGCCAUGCUGAUCUACAUUGGCAUCGUCUUCUACGCCUUCACCCGCUAGCUGUAGCCGGAUCCAGUAACUCCACUUAAUGCUUCGUUUGCAUUUUCUAAUGCGUCUGUGUGAUGACUGAUUAGAGUGUAGUAAGAUUGCAGCUGAGAUGCCUGUGUACUUGUAUCAGUGUGUCUAUGCUUGUGUUCUUGGUGCUCUUUGUGUGUGGAAGUCUUUGUGUUAGUACUUAGUACUGCUUAAUACCUUGAUUGACUCCUUUUAGCAAGUAAUACCAAACUAAUGACUGAA